CUCCCCAUUCUUUCCCUCUCCCUCUCUUGACCACUCGACCAGCUUUCCAUCUCCUCCUCUUCCCAACCACCUUCUCUCUCAACAAGCAACCCUCGAACGCAUGGAACCUCAAUAUGACCCAUUAUCAUCUUGGAAGACACCAUCCUGGCCAAACCCAUCAUCCAUCCAAACUCCUCCCACACGGAGGUUUUCGACAAGGAGUGAUAGAGAAAGAGAUGCACCGGAGUAUGCUCGAGCCUUAUCUUCAGACGUCGAUCCAUACGCAUCAUCAAUCAUCUCAUCAAGCGAUUCCAACUCACACUAUCGAAGCAGUCGCGGGAGUCGUGGCUCGAUAGCAAGCAGUCUACUAUGUCCUUUACUCGAAUUUCACGAUUCUUCUCGCCGACAAUCCGAUGCUGGUCUAAUUAUGCCGAUGCGGCCACUGCCGGCCAUCAAUCCUUCCUCUGACCCAUCAGCUCUGUACAGCACUUCUCAUCUGGAUUCAGCUUACAGAGCUCAAUCACUCCUCAAACAGAGUAGCGGCACGAGUUCCGGAAUCUUAUCAUCCACCGCCAUGUCCAACAGCAACUCGACCUCAGGCGGUAACUUAUUCAUCCCUUUGCGCCGCCGAUUCUUACCAAAUCUGGAUAGGACGUCCUCCACCAGCAAACCGAGGGUAGAAACCCAAUUAUUGGGCGAAUUGCUACUUGCUCUUGAAGAAUACGUGGCCGCCUUUGGGCGUCAAGUCAAGGUCUCCCCCUCACAUCAGUUCAGUCUAGGUGGUGGCUCUGCGGCCGUAGUUGUCGUAGCAGCGGCAGCAGGCCCAUCAAACGACCCAACAAUCGCCGAUCUAGCUACUUCCAAUCUUGUCGGAACCAGUCCGGAUGAAGAGACCCAAGACGCUCAUUCUUUGGGACCACUCCAAUCGACGAAUGUCGAUUCCACAUUGAUCAACUUGGACAGUCCUGAGACCGAACUGUGGGGAUCAAAUACACCCAAUCCCUUCGAUCCAUCAGCUGAAGAACUCGACGAAACACUUAAAAAUGUCCACCUGGUCCCCCAAUCGCAGUGUAAAGUCGAUCGAGCUUUACUCACCGAACUGUGUGAAGAAUUGGAAUAUGUGACUAGCGAAGUGAUAGACGUUGUUCCAGCAUUCGGAGAAAAACUGAUGCAGGGUCACUAUGGACCUUUAGCUGCUCGGGGCCACUUGUCGACCCAUAUACCAUCGCCUGCGCCUGACAUGGGAGACUCAGAGAAUCGGAGCAGUGGUUCUAGCCAAACGAAAUCAUCAAGCGCACUGCAGCGCUUUUCCGAUCACGAGCCUGGCGGCAGCCAGGAUACAUCUGAUGGCGGAUCUGGAUGGUGGGCUGAAAGACUUUUACGAGAUUUACUGGAAGGUAUCGUGGCUGAGACCGUAGUCAAAUCAGGCUCCACAACGACCUUACUAUCGUCUAGCACAAAUUUGUCUUCCAAUUUCGAUCACUCUGAAAUGAGUCGUCUAUCAAGCCAAAGCAACAGUCGUCAUUACACUAGCGAUAAAACCAGUGCAAGUGAUCGCAAGGCUGCUAAUCAUAUCACGAAUUCUCUAGGGGGGAAAUCGAAGAAUUGGCUUCGGAUGCCCCAAUCAUCCAGCUUACCCCGCUCAACUUCCGUCAACAACCCUACAAAACAUACUGCUAAUAACCGUAAUCUGGGAUUUUCUCUAAUUGAUGAACGUGAAGAAAGCUCAACAACAUCCGAAGCCAAACGGAAGAGUGUCCGGGCCUCCGCCAAUAAGAAUCAGGGCUUACAGGCGACGAGAUUAAGUAAAGAUUUGAUCGUAGUGCCUGACGGACAUUAUCACUCGACUUUGACCCGCGAACUGCUUGCGGAAGCUUCUCAAGAUUCAAUCUUCGAAUACCGCCAUUCUCCUGACAAGGAGCCAAACAUUCUGUUUGAGUCUAAUGGAUUUUCGUCGCCGGAGCAUCAAGAGCCCUACCGUAACAGUAAAAAUCUGUAUUAUCCGCAGCGAAGGGAAGCCCAGCCGGUGGAUCUUCUGGGGCAGUCUGACGGUGAGGCAGAGGCUGAUGGUAGCGCAAAGGCGGGGAUCGAUGAUGAUCAUCGGCAGAGACUCUUAGACGAGGGCCGCAAACGAUGGCUGGCAUUCAAAGCCAACCAGUCCAGCUCUCCAUGUCCUUCUUCGACUCACCCGGCGCCCCGGAACUCAAGCGGAACUCAUUCCAGUCACUUCUUGAGUAACCCCCCUAGUCUUCGUGUCGAGUCUAAUCAUCAAUCACUAAUGAACAAUCAGCUCGGCCGUGGACGAAGUAGCAGUAGUAGCUCGAUCAUCAGACCCCAUCAUCACCAGUCUAAUCAGCUUCAUGAGUACAUAGCCAGUCAUCGAUCUUGAUCUGUUUGAUAUCGUUCUUUCUUCUCUUUCUUCGUUUCUUUUAGGAUCCCUUCUUGCCUGGAUUAUUCUUCAUUCCUUCAAACCUCUUUUUCUCUCUUGUUCAUUGUUCCUUUUACCUUGGCCGACACAAUCUCAUCUCUUCAUCGAUUAUUUUUUGGCAACUCGCAUUCCUAUGUUUUCUAUGUAUAUAUAGAGAGAUCGUCUGGACUCACCUCCCCUGUAUCAGGAAAUUGUUCACCUAUUCGUCUAGCAUGAGAACAAACAAAAUAGAAACAUCCAUUCAUCUUGGGAACUUGUAUAUAUGUAUAUAUCAAUGGAAUGUAAAUUAUCCUUCCAAGCAAAUCUUCCUCUGUCGUUCUCUUUAUUGUUGUUCUUUUUAACUAUAGCCUUUUUUAAAAAAUAUAGAUUGGGAUUUUUUGGAAUUUUUUUUACAUGAUAAAAUGAAUUAUAAGCA